GUUCCAUUAGAUAAUCCAGGGCCAGUCGAUCUAAUCACUCCUACAGUUAAGUUUUCGCGGCGCAACCGCGCAAAGUUUACUAUUGUAAACACGUUUGCCUGCGCUGUGUGCACGUGGCUGAACUUUGCCAGCCCUCUUCGUCGCGGUCAUGGUGACAGCAGGGGUCUCCUGGAGGCAGACCCCAACACCGAUCAACGGAACAACCUGAUGGAGGAUGGACAAAAACUGCCGCACUUCUUUGUUUGCGCUUAGUACGCGCACAGUCACUAGUCUAGGUCUAGUGGCAAAUACUAUUAGUAAAUUACCGACAAAAAGCAAAGAAAUACGCAUCUCUAAUACAUUUUUCUAACUUGUGUCCACAGUUUUUAAGUCCGUGCAAAUCGUCUUCAAAUCUGUUCUGUUUUAUUUAUUUUGUCGCAGUUGUAAAUCACUCCUGUGAAUUUGGUUUUUGUUGUCCUUUUGACGUGAUGCUCUGGAACCCCAACGAAGCACCCUCGCCUAAGACAGUUAUUCUUGGAAGUUCACUGCAAGCCUAAAAACAUGCAUGAUGUUCUCCAGGAUGAAGAUCUAGCCAGGGCACGCAUUUGACUGAAAUUAAUUUUAAAUUACUUUCAACGCCAGAAACUCCGUUUUGUAAUAAACUUCAUCUAUGUUUUUGUGGUAUUCCUGAACCCGCUUCAGACACGAUGCUGCACGCGUUUUUGUUCGCCGCGGUUGCGCUUUUUAUUCAGGAUUUAAUCGGAGCAGAAUUGAGAAGCAAAUGCCCGCCCCGUUGCGACGUGAGCAAGUGCCCGAGCCCCAGCUGCCCCAGCGGCUACGUCCCCGACCGUUGCAACUGUUGCCUGGUUUGCGCGCAGGGCGAAGGGAGCGCGUGCGGACGCAAGGAGGACUUGCCGUGCGGCGAUGGGUUGGAGUGCAAGCAUCCCGCGGGGAAGCGACUCUCCAAGGGCGUCUGCCAGUGCAGGCAGAGCUACAAAGUGUGCGGGAGCGACGGCAGGACGUACGGCAACGCGUGCCGGCUCAAGGCUGUGAGCAGGAAGGCUUUGCACCGGGGCCUAAGCGCUGUCACCCAGGCGCACAAGGGACCUUGUGACGUUGCUACGGUUACAGGUUCUCUACACCCAAACAGCCCGAGGUACAAGUUCAACUUCAUCGCCGACGUCGUGGAGAAGAUCGCCCCGGCGGUAGUGCACAUAGAGCUGUCCGUCAGGCACCCUCUGUUUGGUCGAAACGUGCCUCUCUCCAGCGGGUCAGGGUUCAUCGUCUCGGAAACGGGCCUCAUAGUCACCAACGCCCACGUGGUGAUGAGCUCCGCCCCCGUAUCCGGGCGACAGCAGGUCAAAGUUCAGCUGCACAAUGGGGACGUCUAUGAGGCCACCAUCAAAGACAUCGACAAGAAGUCAGACAUAGCCACCAUAAAGGUCAGCCCACAGAAAAGUCUCCCGGUGCUGCUGCUGGGCCGCUCGGUGGACCUGCGCCCGGGCGAGUUCGUGGUGGCCAUCGGCAGCCCCUUCACCCUGCAGAACACGGUGACGACGGGCAUCGUCAGCACGGCGCAGCGCGACGGCAAGGAGCUGGGCCUCCCCGACUCGGACAUGGACUACGUGCAGACCGACGCCAUCAUCAACUAUGGAAACUCAGGAGGACCUCUGGUUAACUUGGACGGGGAGGUGAUCGGAAUCAACACCCUGAAGGUGACGGCUGGAAUCUCCUUUGCUAUACCCUCCGACAGAAUAACGCGCUUCCUCAACGAAUCCCUCAGUAAAAAAGGCAAAGUCAGACAAAGACUAAUAAGGCGAAUGUACCGCAGGCCCCAGCCUCAGACUCUGCUGUCUGAUACAGAGGAGAAAGGAAUUAUUAAACGCUUUAUCGGACUACGAAUGCUGACUAUAACUCCAGAUCUGGUGGAGAGGCUGAAAGACCAGAGCCCUGAUUUUCCAGACGUCGUCAGCGGCGUCUACGUCCAUGAGGUGGUGCCGAACUCCCCUGCUCAGAAGGGCGGGAUCAGAGCCGGUGAUGUCAUAGUGAAGCUGAACGGCCGGCCGCUGUGGAGCUCCUCCGACCUGCUGGGGGCGCUGCAGCAGGAGACGGGCCUGCUGCUGGAGGUGCGCCGUGGCAACGACGACCUGCUGUUCAACAUCGAGCCCGACGUCAUCAUGCACUGAGCAAGGGGAGGGGCCUGACCACCACGCCAGACGGGGGCCGUGUCCGAAACUGCCUCCUAACUACUGCGUCCUCAAAAUAUGAACUUUCUACUAAACAUACUGCCUACUGUUUAGUGCGUAUUUUUAGUAUGCGAUGGGCAGAAUGCAAAAAAUAUCCUUCAUGCUAUUUUCCAACGGUACUGCGGGAGUGUAGUAAGAUGUCCCGCCCUCUCUGAUUUAUGGGACCCAAACAUGACUCUGCCUCUUCCUCUCUGUGGGACCUCCUAAAAGGAUGCUUUACUUCCUGGAAAGUGUACGAACCAAUUACACUGAGUGAAACCCCGGAAAUACAUAAGUAUAUAAUCUUAUAUACUCAAUAUACUCAUUCAUACUCAAUAGCAGGCAAAUAAGCUGUUUCAGAAACGGCCAGGAACUCCUCACCCCCCACCCCCCCAAACCCUCAUUGGGCCUCUCCAUAGAAAGCGCCAGAACCCCGUCCCUGUCCAGAACCCUGUCUCUCUUCUCAAACAGCUCAAGAGAGCUGGCUUUAUCCUGUAGACCCACUUCCUGUACGCACAUAUAAUUAGGGGUAUUUCACGGGAUAACUUUACCGCCAGCUACAGAAGAGUUGAUGUACAGUACAGUACCAUACAGUUCAGGUGGGUGGAGUUGCACCCAUGCAUUUAAGUAAAGUAACGUGAAAUUAGGUAAAGCCUUGUGCAUCUGUUAAAGUCUGGUCGAUUUAUCCUGUAGAUGAGCGAAAGGCAGCCAUUUUGGUUCUGGUAACCUACGGUAACCAGUUUAUGGAUUAGCACACCAUACAGCAUGUGAAUGUGAAAGCUGUUGGCGCACCUCUGUCCUUGCGUUAGACAACAGACGGGUGCAGAGGAAGCGCGUAGAACAGAACCAUCCAGUAGUGGUGCCUGGGAAACAGAAGUGUGACGUGUUAACGUGUUAACGAAUCACAGGACCUCCUUUGCCGACGAUGUCGUUCUUGUGCCUGCAAGUUUAAAACGAGUGGGCCAGUAUGCCACCAUCAGUAGUGGGGAAAGAAAUAUAUAUAUAUGUAUAUGUUUACAAUGUUAGACCCUCUUCACAACUGAAGUGUUCUCCUGAGAGCCAUUGGUGCUGUCAGCACUGCCAUGGACUUCUAUGAAUAAAGUGUACAGAUCGAAUGAGA